AAGAAGAAGAAAAGAGCUGAGCGUCUAUUCAAUAUCUUUAGCGGAGGCGCUUAUGUUGGGGACAACAUAAUCACCGCCAAACCUCAGGAAAACCAAAAGAGACAACCUAAUCACCGCCAAACCACAAGAAAACCAAAAGAAAAGCAGCGUUGACAAAAAUCCGGAGGCAAGUCGGUGAAUGAAUUGAGAACAGGGAAGCAGGGAGUCACGGAACCCAAAAUCCAAAGACCAACAGGCACAAGCACCCGAACCACUCCAGAUCCAAGUCCAUGCCCACUGGCCACUAUUAAUAAAAAAUAGAAACUCUCUCCGCCUCCACUCCUCUUCUUGCUCUCUCUCUUUCUCUCAUUCGUACUUCACGGAUCCGAUCUAUUGGUAUAAAUACCACCAUUCGAUGUUCACGCCUCGAAGACUGGUUCCUCCCCCAAAUUAGCCUUUUCGACCAUCCGAUCUUGGACAACAAUCCGACACUGUCAUGUCUAGGGUUUCUCUUUGACAUGAAGUUAUGCGCACACAAUGCGCUUUUCUCCCAUUCUCUUCUUCAUCUCAAUUCCUUGUUCUAGAUUCUCACGUUUCUGAGAUCGAUAAAUUAUUCGCUUCAAAUGGCGGCUUCCCCGGCCAAGUUCUUGUUUGGAUUCCUGCUGGUUUCUAUCAUAUUAUGGCUGAUUUUCAUAUUUGCUGCCAGAUUGUUGGCUUGGAUCCUAAGCCAGAUUAUGGGAGCUUCUGUUGGAUUUAGGGUUGGUGGAUGGAAAUGUUUAAGAGAUGUUGUGGUGAAGUUCAAUAAGGGUGCAAUUGAAUCUGUUUCUGUUGGUGAAAUCAGGCUCAGCCUACGCCAGUCAUUGGUUAAACUUUUUGGUUUUAUUUCGAAAGACCCAAAGCUGCAAGUGCUAAUUUGUGAUUUAGAAGUUGUUAUGAGGCCUUCUGGUAAAAGUACAAAGAAGAUUAGAUCUCAGAAACCCCGUAGUUCAGGCAGGGGAAAGUGGAUGGUUGUAGCAAACAUGGCAAGGUUUUUGUCUGUUUCCAUAUCAGAUUUGGUUCUAAAGACACCUAAAGCAACUAUUGAAGUUAAAGACCUGAGAGUGGAUAUAUCCAAAGAUGGUGGAUCCAAGCCAACUUUGUUUGUGAAGCUUCAAGUUUUACCUCUAGUUGUUCAUGUGGGUGAUCCACGGCUUACUUGUGACCAAUCAUCCAACUUUAACCAGGGUAGUGUUUCUGCUGGCCAGCCAUCCUUUUGCAUGAUGGAAAGGUCCUCUGCUCCUUUUUACUGUGAGGAAUUGUCUCUCUCAUGUGAAUUUGGCCAUGAUAGUGAAGUAGGUGUAAUUAUCAAGAAUGUGGAUAUUGCGAUAGGGGAAGUUGCUGUGAACCUGAAUGAGGAGCUAUUUGUUAAGAACAAGAGUUCAGCUGACAACUUUACUCACACAGAUAAAGUUACAGGGUCUACUGUUAAUUCUGGGACUUCUGCAGAGCCACCCAAAAACAAGGCACUUUCAUCACUUUCAAAGUAUACUUCCAUGUUUCCAGAAAAGGUUUGCUUCAGUUUACCCAAAUUGGACCUGAGGUAUCUGCAUCAGGGGCGUAAUCUUGUUGUCGAGAAUAACAUAAUGGGAAUUCAGUUGAAAAGCAUAAAAUCACGCUCUAUUGAAGAUGUCGGGGAGAUCACACGCCUUGAUGUCCAAAUGGAUUUUAGUGAGAUUCAUCUUUUUAGAGAAGAUGGCACUUCUGUCCUGGAGAUACUGAAAGUUGAUGUUGUUUCUUUUCUGUACAUUCCAAUGCAGCCAACCUCACCUAUUCGAGCUGAAAUUGAUGUUAAGCUUGGAGGAACUCAGUGCAAUAUUAUAAUCAGUAGAUUAAAGCCAUGGAUGCAACUUCAUUUCUCAAAAAAGAAAAAAAUGGUGCUACAAGAAGGAGCAGCUAAUCCUGACAAGGUGCAUUCAACAGAUUUCAAAGCCAUCAUGUGGACAUGUACUGUGUCAGCCCCAGAGAUGACUACUGUGCUGUAUAGUCUUAGUGGGAUUCCACUAUACCAUGGUUGCUCACAAUCUUCACAUGUCUUUGCAAAUAACAUAUCAAAUAUGGGAACUACUGUGCACAUGGAACUUGGUGAGCUAAAUUUGCACAUGGCUGAUGAAUAUCAAGAAUGCCUGAAAGAAAGCCUGUUUGGUGUGGAAACAAACUCAGGUUCCUUGCUGCAUAUAGCAAAGUUUAGUUUGGAUUGGGGUAAAAAAGACAUGGAAUCAUUCGAAGGGGAUGGACCUAGCUGCAAAUUGGUUCUCUCUAUUGAUGUGACUGGUAUGGGUGUUCACUUCACCUUUAAUCGUGUUGAAUCACUUAUAUCAGCUGGUAUGUCGUUUCAAGCUCUCUUGAAAAGUCUUUCUGCUUCUGAAAAAACAACACAGAAUCGCAAAGGCCGUUCAUCCAAACCAUCUGGGAAAGGAACUCGACUUGUGAAAGUUAAUCUAGAACGGUGUUCUAUAAAUUUCUGUGGUGAUGCAGGCCUCGAAAACACAGUUAUUGCAGAUCCCAAGCGUGUGAAUUAUGGAUCGCAAGGUGGUAGAAUUGUAAUCAAUGUCUCAGCUGAUGGUACACCACGUAAUGCAAAUAUAAUGUCCACAAUUUCUGAAGAAUGCAAGAAGUUGAAGUAUUCUUUAUCUCUAGACAUAUUCCAUCUUAGUUUCUGUAUGAACAAAGAGAGACAAUCCACACAGAUGGAACUUGAAAGGGCCAGAUCUACAUAUCAAGAACACUUGGAUGAACACAAACCUGGUGCAAAAGUGGCACUGUUUGACAUGCAGAAUGCAAAAUUUGUACGGCGUUCUGGUGGUCCUAAAGAGAUUGCUGUCUGCUCGCUUUUUAGUGCUACUGAUAUUGCAGUCAGGUGGGAGCCUGAUGUACAUCUAUCAUUGUUUGAACUUUUUCUACAUCUGAAGUCAUUGGUACAUGAUCAGAAGGUAAGGGGUCUUGAUAAGGAAUAUGUAGGAGAUGUGUUAAGUGCCGGAGAUGUUGAUCAGAAGAAAGAUGUUUCAAAGGAAUCAGGAGUACUUGAUAAACAACAAAAGAAAAGGGAAUCUGUGUUUGCUGUUGAUGUGGAAAUGCUGAACAUAUCUGCCGAGGUUGGAGAUGGAGUUGAUGUGACGGUGCAGGUUCAGUCAAUUUUUUCUGAAAAUGCCAGGAUAGGAGUUCUUCUUGAAGGACUUAUGCUCAGUUUCAAUGGAUGCAGGGUAUUCAAAAGUAGCCGGAUGCAAAUUUCCCGUAUUCCUAAUACCUCUGUUAGCUCAUCUGAUGCAAAACUACAUGUAAUGACCACAUGGGAUUGGGUAAUUCAAGGCCUUGAUGUUCAUAUCUGCAUGCCUUAUAGGUUGCAGUUGCGUGCCAUUGAGGAUUCUGUUGAGGAUAUGUUGCGAGCAUUGAAGCUUAUCACUGCUGCUAAAACUAAACUUAUAUUUCCUGUGAUGAAAGAAAGCUCAAAACCUAAAAAGCCCAAUUCCACAAAAUUUGGGGGUGUGAAGUUUUGCAUACGUAAGCUUACUGCUGAUAUUGAGGAAGAACCAAUCCAGGGAUGGCUUGAUGAACAUUACCAUCUGAUGAAGAAUGAGGCCUGUGAAUUAGCUGUCAGGUUGAAAUUUCUUGAGGAUCUUAUCUCCAAAGGCAACCAAUGCCCUGGAACUGCUGAGGCAAAUGAUUCUAUGCAUGAGAAAAAGAUCCACUAUAAUGGAGUUGAGAUUGAUAUGCAAGAUUCUUCUUCUAUUUGCAAAAUUAAAGAAGAAAUUUAUAAACAAUCAUUCAAUUCAUAUUACAAGGCAUGUCAGAGUCUUACACCAUCCGAAGGUUCAGGUGCCUGUAAGGAGGGGUUUCAGGCUGGUUUCAAGCCUAGCACUUCCAGAACAUCUCUUCUUUCCAUUUCUGCUACUGAAUUGGAUGUAAGCUUAACAAGAAUUGAAGGUGGUGAUGCUGGGAUGAUAGAGGUUGUGAAGAAGCUUGAUCCUGUCUGUCUAGAAAAUAAUAUACCAUUUUCUCGACUUCUUGGGACAAAUAUUCUCUUGCACACAGGCACUCUUGUUGCUCGAUUGCGAAAUUACACAUUUCCUCUUUUUUCGGCAACUUUUGGUAAAUGCGAAGGUCGUGUUGUGCUAGCACAGCAGGCAACUUGUUUUCAGCCACAAAUUUACCAAGACGUUUUCAUAGGGAGAUGGAGGAAGGUGUGCAUGCUUCGUUCAGCUAGUGGCACAACUCCACCAAUGAAAACAUACUCUGAGUUACCUAUACAUUUUCAAAAGGGAGAAAUAUCAUUUGGUGUGGGUUUUGAACCAUCUUUUGCUGAUAUAAGCUAUGCUUUUACUGUGGCCCUUCGCAGAGCUAAUUUAAGUGUUAGGAGUGUUAAUCCUAUUGCCAUACAAGCUCAGCCACCUAAAAAGGAACGGAGCUUACCAUGGUGGGAUGAUGUAAGAAACUACAUUCAUGGAAACAUUACCUUAUUCUUUUCUGAGACCAGAUGGAAUGUACUUGCAACUACUGAUCCUUAUGAAAAACUUGACAAACUUCAACUGAUUUCUGGUUAUAUGGAAAUUCAGCAGUCAGAUGGUCGUGUUUUUGUCUCAGCGAAGGAUUUCAAGAUUUUAUUGAGCAGUUUGGAGAGUUUGGUAAACAGUUCUAACUUAAAACUCCCUGCUGGUGUGUCUGGUGCUUUCCUUGAAGCCCCAGUCUUUACCCUGGAAGUUACAAUGGAUUGGGAAUGUGAUUCUGGGAAUCCCCUGAAUCAUUAUUUAUAUGCACUUCCAAUUGAAGGAAAACCCCGUGAAAAGGUUUUUGAUCCCUUCAGAUCUACUUCUCUGUCCCUCCGCUGGAACUUCUCAUUUAGACCCCCUCUUCCCUCAUGUGAAAAACAGUCCUCAUCUAUGGAGGAUGGAGCUGCCAUUGAUGAAGUUAACUAUGGCCCUCCUUAUAAGUCCGAGAAUGUUGGAAUUGUUUCACCAACCGUAAAUUUUGGUGCUCAUGAUUUAGCAUGGAUAAUUAAAUUCUGGAACUUAAAUUACCUCCCACCUCAUAAAUUGCGUACCUUUUCUCGGUGGCCUCGUUUUGGAGUUCCUAGAGUUGCUAGAUCAGGAAAUUUGUCAUUGGACAAGGUGAUGACAGAAUUUAUGCUACGAAUAGAUGCAACACCUACUUGUAUCAAGAAUAUGCCCUUGGAUGAUGAUGACCCUGCCAAAGGUUUGACAUUUAAGAUGACAAAGUUGAAAUAUGAAAUCUGUUAUAGUCGGGGUAAGCAAAAAUAUACUUUUGAAUGCAAACGUGAUACCCUCGAUCUUGUCUACCAGGGGAUUGACCUUCACAUGCCUAAAGCAUAUCUAAGUAAGGAAGAUUGCACUAGUGUUGCAAAAGUAGUUCAAAUGACAAGGAAAAGUUCACAAUCUGUAUCCUUGGAUAAAGGUAACACUGAAAAAGGCAACUCCAUGAGUGACUGUACAGGAAAACACCGUGAUGAUGGAUUUCUAUUAUCAUCUGAUUAUUUUACUAUCAGAAAGCAGGCCCCAAAAGCAGAUCCUGCAAGGUUGUUGGCAUGGCAAGAAGCUGGUAGAAGAAAUGUUGAGAUGACAUAUGUGAGGUCUGAGUUUGAAAAUGGCAGUGAGAGUGAUGAGCACACACGAUCUGACCCAAGUGAUGAUGAUGGAUAUAAUGUGGUAAUAGCAGACAAUUGUCAACGUGUUUUUGUUUACGGCCUUAAGCUUUUGUGGACUAUUGAGAAUAGAGAUGCUGUUUGGUCCUGGGUUGGUGGACUAUCCAAGGGAUUUCAACCUCCGAAGCCUUCUCCUUCUAGGCAGUAUGCACAGAGGAAGUUGCUUGAGGAAAGCCAGAUAAUUGAUGGAGCAGAAGUUGUUCAAGAUGAUGUUUCUAAGCCCCCUUCUGUCAGCCGUGAUGCAAUUUCCCCUUCUCCACAGCAUGUGGAGACCUCAGCACCAGUUUCAUCUCCAGCACAUUCAGUCAUAGUAGAGAGCUCAUCAUCUGGUAUGGCUGUGAAGAAUGGUGAUGUCAAUGACUCUGAGGAGGGGACUCGUCAUUUCAUGGUGAAUGUUAUUGAGCCACAGUUCAAUCUUCACUCUGAGGAAGCCAAUGGUAGAUUUCUGCUUGCUGCUGUUAGUGGCCGUGUUUUAGCCCGUUCAUUUCAUUCGGUCCUUCAUGUUGGCUAUGAGAUGAUUGAGCAAGCACUUGGUACUGAAAAUGUACAACUUCCUGAAUGUGAACCUGAAAUGACAUGGAAACGCAUGGAAUUUUCUGUGAUGUUGGAGGACGUGCAGGCUCAUGUUGCACCAACUGAUGUUGAUCCAGGGGCUGGACUGCAAUGGCUUCCAAAAAUCCGUCGGAGCUCUCCAAAAGUAAAGCGUACCGGUGCUUUACUUGAAAGGGUGUUUAUGCCUUGUGAUAUGUACUUCCGGUACACAAGGCACAAAGGUGGAACUGCAGAUUUGAAGGUGAAGCCCUUGAAAGAGCUCACUUUCAAUUCUCGCAAUAUAACAGCGACAAUGACUUCCCGCCAGUUUCAGGUUAUGCUAGAUGUGUUGACCAACCUUCUCUUUGCACGGCUUCCCAAGCCAAGGAAAAGUAGUCUGUCAUAUCCUGUUGAAGAUGAUGAAGAUGUUGAAGAAGAGGCAGAUGAAGUGGUUCCUGAUGGUGUUGAAGAGGUAGAACUUGCACGAAUCAAUCUUGAGCAGAAAGAACGGGAGCAGAAAUUGCUUCUUGAGGACAUUAGGAAAUUGUCUCUUUGUAGUGAUACUUCCGGAGACCUAUGUCCUGAAAAGGAAGGUGAUUUAUGGAUGACUACCGAGGGCAGAUCUACAUUGGUGCAAAGACUAAAGAAAGAGCUUGGAAAUGCACAAAAGGCCAGAAAAGCAGCUUCUGCAUCAUUGAGGAUGGCUCUGCAAAAUGCUGCACAGCUACGACUGAUGGAAAAGGAGAAGAACAAAGGUCCUUCUUAUGCUAUGCGCAUUUCUUUACAAAUUAACAAAGUUGUUUGGGGAAUGCUUGUGGAUGGUAAAUCUUUUGCUGAAGCUGAGAUAAGCGACAUGUUUUAUGAUUUUGACCGGGAUUACAAAGAUGUUGGUAUUGCUCAGUUUACAACGAAGUAUUUUGUUGUGAGAAACUGCCUGCCUAAUGUAAAAUCUGAUAUGCUUUUGUCUGCAUGGAAUCCUCCGCCUGAAUGGGGAAAAAAGGUUAUGCUACGAGUAGAUGCACAGCAGGGAGCUCCGAAGGAUGGACACUCUCCUCUUGAACUUUUCCAGGUCGAGAUCUACCCCCUAAAGAUACAUUUGACAGAGACGAUGUACAGAAUGAUGUGGGAGUAUUUAUUCCCAGAAGAAGAGCAAGACUCCCAACGGCGGCAGGAAGUUUGGAAGGUUUCAACCACUGCUGGUUCAAAACGAGUUAAAAAGGGUGCAUCAAUACAUGAAGCUUCAUCAAGCAGUCAUUCAACCAAAGAAUCAGAGAUGCCCACCAAAUCAAGUUCCUCCAUAUUACCCUUUACUUUUCCUCCUAGUCAAUCUUCUGUUCCUCCUGAUUCUGCUCAAGUGUCAAAGUUGCAAAACCUGAAAGCAAAUAUUGUUUGUGGUUCAACUCCGGAGCUAAGACGAUCAUCUUCUUUUGACCGAACAUGGGAAGAGAAUGUGGCAGAAUCUGUGGCUAAUGAACUUGUCUUACAGGCUCAUUCUUCAAACUUUCCUUCAUCAAAAAGUGGGCCUCUUGGUUUCAUUGAGCAACAAGAUGAUCCCUCUAGAAAUAAACUCAAAGACUCCAAACCUAUCAAAUCUGGACGUUCAUCUCAUGAAGAAAAAAAAGUAGGGAAGUCAAAUGAUGAUAAACGAUCUAGGCCUCGAAAAAUGAUGGAGUUUCAUAAUAUCAAGAUUAGCCAGGUUGAGCUACUGGUUACUUAUGAAGGAUCAAGAUUUGCUGUGAGUGAUUUAAAGUUGCUGAUGGAUACAUUUCACCGUGUUGAGUUCACUGGAACUUGGAGGAGGCUGUUCUCACGAGUAAAGAAGCAUAUUAUAUGGGGUGUUCUCAAGUCUGUGACAGGAAUGCAGGGUAAGAAGUUUAAAGAUAAGGCACAUAGUCAGAAGGAACCCAGUGUAACUGGUGUUCCUGACAACGAUCUUAAUUUCAGCGACAACGAUACAAAUCAGGCUGGAAAAUCUGAUUUACCAAUAUCCUGGCCUAAGCGUCCCACUGAUGGAGCAGGUGAUGGAUUUGUCACCUCCAUAAGGGGCCUUUUCAAUACUCAGCGUCGCAAAGCCAAGGCAUUUGUGCUUCGGACUAUGAGGGGUGAAGCAGAUAAUGAGUUCCAGGGUGAGUGGAGUGAAAGUGAUGUAGAGUUUUCUCCCUUUGCUCGGCAGCUGACUAUAACAAAAGCCAAGAGGCUUCUUAGGCGGCACACAAAGAAGUUCCGCUCAAGGGGGCAAAAAGGUUCAUCCUCUCAGCAGAGAGAGUCGCUUCCCUCAUCUCCAAGGGAGACCACAACAGCAUUUGAAAGUGACUCUUCAAGUGGAACUUCACCUUACGAGGAUUUCCAUGAGUAGGAAGCUCUCGUUAUUAAAGGGGAUUCUUUUAGCUCUUGGGCGGCACUCACCGUAAUAGGGUGUUUUGGUUUGUCCAUACCAUAGUCCCAGUUGACUGAGUGGUACAGAGAUGGGGCGAUUCUAAUUUUAUUUGACUCGGUGACUCCCUUAGAUGAAGAUUCGGAUGAUUCAAGAUGUUUCUGAGUUGUCUUUGAAUAAGAGCAGGCAGAUGAACUCUUUGCAUGGAGGAGUACGUGAAGAUACCCGAUAAUGGUGUUUGACUGAGCAUCUGGUUUGAGCUCUUCCUGUUCCCCUCCAUGACCCUUGCAAUUUUGAGCUAAGCCCUUCUGCCUAAAAUGUUUUUUCUCUUACUUUUUUUUUUAUAUUUUUUUUUAUCAUUUUUCUUUUGAAAUUUUCAAAUUGGUGUACCCUGUUGCAUCUAAAUUGAAGAAUCGCAUGGAUUCUAGAAGUCCAUGUUUUUCUCUUCUGAGGAUAUAGAAACAUCAUAGCAAUAUUGAGGAUUCGAUAAUUUUGUACAUACCUAUUAAGAAAUAGAAUAAAUGUGAAAUGUUUAUGCCUUGAAGAAA